AUGGCCUCACCCUACGAGAAAGCCCCCACUUCUCCAUCCACCCCUGGCUACCUCGACGCCCAGCGGAAACCCGAUACCCUGGUGCAGAGUCCAACAAGCGACCAGAUGGACUCUACAGAGAAAUUCCGGGUGUCAGAGGACCCCAAUCCCUCCUCAUCAUUACCGUACAAGGACCGGCCCGUUCCAGAACGAAAGUAUACUAAACAAUGGUUCAAACGGUCCUGGAAUACUGCAGUCCACGGAGGACGACUUCCGCGUAUGAUAUACGCUGGUGUGGGCUUCUGCAUUAUUGUCAUCUGGUUUGGGAUCAUGUUAGCGUUCAGCCGGGAAGAGCAAGACUACAAGGGGAAAGCAGGGCGGGGCCAAACUAUCCGCGCUGAUGGAGCACCCACCCAGGCACCAACUCUUCGUAAUGGACAAUUUGGGCUAUCAGGGAGCUAUAUACAAUUUGACGCCAUGAAACAUAUGCUCACAAUAACCUGGUCCGGCAUCUAUCGCAAAAUCAAUGGAUCCGAAUGGGUGGCACUCGGGGAUAGAUAUGAUGAAGACAGCAUUUCGUACUACGUGCCGUUUGGGAUCUACAGGGAUGUGGAUGCCCUUCCGUGGGAUUUCCUCUGGAAUUCAACAUCAGAAAAGAUUGUUCAAAAUGGCACCUUCUUCCUUGAGCUGCCGGAGGUCACCGACGUGGAUUCUGAUCAAACUCUUGGAUAUAUGUACCGAGUCGACAAUCUUACCGCGGCCCCUGUGGGUUAUAUCGGCGCCCACAAGUGGGAUUCAUUCGACACGGAAAUCGGAUUCGUCCAGACGGAGGGGGGAAAUAUAUGGAAUGCUCCACUCAGGGGCUACCCAUUCGAUGAAUGGGAAGGAUCUAUCUCCUUUUCUGCAGCCGACACGUAUGCGAAUAACAACCAGGGCACUCCAGGAGGAAACGUGUUCGAACUGGCCACCGUGAUUAUGAAGGAUGCAACGCUCAAUUGGAGAUUCGAAGUCACCGCUAAUAAUACAUGUGCGCUCAAGAACGUCACGUUGGAUUGGACAGACAUAAGUACCUUCGCCCACAGCUGCAAUAUGGAGAUCAAAUUCAAAGGUAUAAGACCUCCAGUAGUCAAGUUUGCAGCUGUAUCUGCCGUUAUCGUCAAUUGGACGUCCGCCUUGUUCAUUUUCGUUCUUACUUGCGAGGCGAUAGUUAUGCGACGGAGAUACAUGUUGGAAGGAACUGAUAUUCUUUCUGUCUGCUUUACUGCUCUCUUCGCACUCCCGACUAUCAGGGCUCUCCUGCCUGGUGCGCCAGAGUAUGGUGCGACUCUCGACCUGGUUGGCGUACUACCUUGCACUGUGCUUGUGGCGUUGUGUACUGUAGCGGUCGCGAUUGCAAAGCUUAACAAACGCAAGCACGCUGUUCUAGGUGAUAAGGAACAAUAG